GAAAAGUCUAUGAAUUUAACUAUAAAAGCUAAAAUGAUCUACGAUUUAAUGGAGGGAAUAUGUAUUAAAUCAUCAUAUGAAAAGUCUAUUACAUUGUUCUUUGGUACGAGCUAUAGAACCUAGAAUAUUUGUGCAGUGAACCACGGAGACGUGGGUACAAGGUACAGCGUGCAGGGACCGAGAAAUCGACGUGGUGAACCCGUGCAGCAGCGCAGCUCCACGUACGUACGCACUCUUUCUUUCCUCCAUGCCGACGGUGCUUCGUCGAUCCAUCAUCCAUCUCGAGUCUCCAGUUUGACCAGAAAUAAUCCAGCCACCAUGGAUCGGAUCGAGCUGCAAGGAAAUCACCUCAGCUUGCAUUGCAGCGUCUACUGGUGGCGGCGAACACUUGCUGAAUGCUGACCGUGACCGGCCAGCUAUAAAAUGAAGCCGCCCGGGGCGCAGGGUCUCCACACGCCUCCUCCCUCUCCCCACCUAGCCAACAAGCUCAACAAGCUAGCAUGGCGGGGAGCACGGCAGGCCCUGCUGCUCUGCUGCCACUUGUGGCCGUGAUCGCUUUGCUGAUGACUGCUCCGGCGGCGGCGGCUAGGUACCCGCCGCUGGCGCCGGGGCUGUCGUUCGACUUCUACAAGAAGAGCUGCCCCAAGGCGGAGUCCAUCGUCAGGGACUACCUCACCUCCGCCAUCAGGAGCAACGUGGGCCUCGCCGCCGCGCUCAUCCGGCUCCACUUCCACGACUGCUUCGUCCAGGGCUGCGACGCCUCCAUCCUGCUCGACUCCACGCCCACCCAGAAGAGCGAGCGGGACGCGUUCCCCAACCAGACGCUCCGCCCGGCGGCGUUCAAGGCCGUCAACGACAUCCGCGACCGCCUCGAGAAGGCCUGCGGCCGCGUCGUCUCCUGCGCCGACAUCGUCACCCUCGCCGCCCGCGACUCCGUGGUCCUGGGUGGCGGCCCGGCGUACAAGGUGCCCCUGGGCCGGCGCGACGGCCUGGCACCGGCGUCGGAGGACGCCAUCCUCGGCGCGCUACCGCCGCCGACGUCCAAGGUGCCGACGCUGGUGUCGUUCCUGGCCAAGAUCAACCUGGACGUGACCGACCUCGUGGCGCUCUCCGGCGGGCACACCGUCGGCAUCGCCCACUGCGGGUCCUUCGAGAAGCGGCUGUUCCCGACGCAGGACCCCACCCUCAACCAGUGGUUCGCCGGCCAGCUGCGGCUCACCUGCCCCGUCGAGGGCGCCACCAACACCACCGUCAACGACAUCCGGACCCCCAACACCUUUGACAACAAGUACUACGUGGACCUGCUGAACAGGGAGGGGCUCUUCACCUCCGACCAGGACCUGCUCAGCAACACCACCACCAGGCCCAUCGUCACCAAGUUCGCCGUCGACCAGGACGCCUUCUUCGAGCAGUUCGUCUACUCCUACGUCAAGAUGGGGCAGAUCAACGUGCUCACGGGGUCCUCGCAGGGACAGAUCCGCGCCAACUGCUCCGUGCGCAACGCCGCCGCCGGCAACGACGACCUGCUGCCGUGGUCCGUCGUCGAGACCGCUGCCGAGACCCUCGUGCUCUAGAGUCCACUAGCUAGUGUGCUAUAUAUACUUGUUAGGCUCGCUAGUACACUUUGCAGCGUGCACGCGUACGUGCUUGUAUGGUUGGGUAGUGUGUGUGAGGCUAGCAGAGGCGAAUAAAGCUAGCGGCACGUGUGCAUGGUGCCACGUACGCCAUGCCGGCACAAGCCACAAGAAGUGGUGACUUGGUGUUACAACUACAAUAGGGGCCCGGCCCAUCUUCCAAAGGCCCAUCUUCUUGUCCGUCCCAACAAGAGAGCUGCGUAGCGAUCGUCUUCCUCUCCCUCGAUAAGCCCCUUAUAUAAUUUGUUUUUUCCCUAGAAAACAAACAAUCUAAUCUGCUGCUUCAGUCUCUUGGAAAAGAUGCCGAAAACUAAGAGAGGUGGUGAUGAUGUCACAAGAAGAUCGCAUAAGAUGUACAUGAGUUACUGGCCUCAGGUCUGCUACCUGAUGGUUCUCCCUCUUUUAUCAGCUAGCGUCUCUUUUGAUUC